AGAGGCAGAACGUUAGGUUAGAGUUUAGAGCCGCUUAACUCUAACCUACUGGUGUUCUGAAGAUGGCAUUCAGACUCGUGGCUCUAGCACUACUGUCCAGCACGAGCAUCCACAGUAAACCCAUCAACACUCUUGCCGGACCUUACAAAAUUGUCGUCGAACGAUUUUACACGUGUCAACCAGACGACCGUGUGCCUAGUUGGAGUUGGUAUAUGCGCGCUAGUCACUUCAACCCAAUGAAACCAAAAGAACUGCAACGCGUGACCGGUAAUUUUACCAUAAAACCAGGGCCUUUGGAUAACAGCCUCUGGGGGAAAGCAAAUAUGGGAGUUCGGUCAAAUAACCAAUGGAAAGAAAACGCCUUUGUCGGCAUUUUUAAAAACUCUGCUUGUCGUCACCUUAAGGAAAAUAUCCCUGGAUUUUUCAACGCUUUUUUUCAGAGUACAGAAACCAAAGGAGUAUGCAGCGUCAAACCAGGAACGUACGAGAUCAAUGACGUCCCCAUAGAUUGGACAUUUCCAAAAAUUCCAAUCAUGCCGUAUGCACACUAUCGGUUCAACGUCUCCUUUGGCAAAGAUGACAUCCUAUUGGGAUGCUUUGUGGUAGAGAACAGGGUUAUUCCUAAACCCGAGUAGCUAUACAUUGUUCAUAUUUUUACUUGUUAUUUACCUCCAUCACCACUUCUCUAUUGAUUGUUGAAGAACGAGUAUUGUGCUAGGCGAUGCAGGGUUAACACUAGAACCGCUGACAUUUUCGUAUACCUAGAACCGCGGAAGGGGUCAUUUUGACUCCUGCCGCAUUUUGUGCGUAGAUGUGAAAGUUUUCGAGUAAUUAUCACUGCGGAUGGUCUUGGAAACAAGUAUGUGUACGUUAAAUGCUUUUUGCUCUAAUUAUUCUGUAUGCUCUUAGGUGUUAU